AGAAAGGAAAAACAAACACUCAAUGACGAAAGUAGGGAGGAGCAAAGCUUUGAAAGUUUCCCCACUGAGCUAUUCAUUCAACGAAUGAGUUUUUGGGGGCUGGCUAACGUUAAGUGCUUUCGAAACGAACGUACUGAACAUUUUCACCGAUUUUCUGCGCACUCGCCUCUGACCUUUCACUGUUACAUGUAACACUCAAUUCACUGAUACUUUCGGUUGGCAGGCCCGUCAAGCGAUUUCAACGCAAGCCGAGCUGCUUCAUAUUUAAACGUAUCAGCCACAAUCGGUCACCAGUCACAUACCUGACGUUCUCUCAUACGCAUCUAUCUCACGAGGAAAAUAAGAUUAAUUAUGGAUGUAAAUUCGACUCUGUUAAGACUUCAUAAGAGAUUACAAGAAAAGAGGAUGAGAAGAAGAUUGAAGAGAUGUAAAGAUUCUCCGAUGUCUGAUAUAUUCAGAUCUCCAAUCACGCCUCCUUCUUGCGUGAAACUUCCUCCUCAUGAACUGUCUGCCUAUCUCUCUGAUUCUCAAUAUUCUAUAACACCUGAGCCAUCUCCAAAGACUCCUAAGUCUAUUGGAAUUCGACGUACCUAUACAGUCUCAUCGGAAGUUGGUCCUAUACCUUUUAAAGCAUUCGAAGAUGAGAAAAAGCCUGGUAGCAACUCGUUCUUAGCCUUAUUCCGCCAUAAAAUGAGAAGUCGCCGAAAUCCAUCAGGAAGCGAUGUUAGCUUCAGUACAACUAGGACUUCUACAACGACAACAGUCCUGGACAACUCAUCAGUAUUAGGUGACUUUAAAAAUGAUAAAGAAAAGAAAAAAGGCAUAUUAAGAAAGCUUCGAAGAGUAGGUCGACAAUUACGCAAAGCGUCUUCCACAAGGCAUUCGACGCCUAAAAAAUCUAACGAAGAAAAUGUUGUAUACCUUGGAGUAGUUUAGUAAGAUUGUUAAUUUUUUUAUACUUUUUUUAUUGUUUGUUAAUUGCUUUUUACUGCCAAUGAAAU